AGGCAUUUUCUCCACUCUCCCGCCUCCAGCUCUCCACUAUCCGUUACAGUGUCCUAUACUCUACAGAGAAAAUACAAAACCUAAAUGCCCUAGCGCUGUCGGAAGAAAAGCAGAAAUCUCCCAAAUCGCGAGUUCCUGCAUUACUAAUUUCCGUAGAAACAGAAAUCGCAGGCGAAAGAAAAGGAAAGCUUCUCCGCCUUUCGGUCAAUCCUCACAUGCAGAUAUCUGCGCUUCUAUUUCGGAAUGAUGUGAUAGAUGCGGUAUUUGCAAGUGAAAAACAGCCAGAGAAAUCAUCGCAUGCGUUUCUGCAACGUCUCCUCGCUGUUCAUGAUUGCGUCGAAAACCGAUUCUAGAAGCUUCAAAAUCACUCCGAUGCAAGAACCGCCCUGUAAAUCCCUCAAUCUUUGAUGAAUUUCGGAGAAAACAGCUUCUUCUUCGACGGAUCUACAAGAGAGGUGAGAUCGGAGUUCUUCAGAAAUCCCUCGGCUGCUCAAUGCGAGUAGCUGUUUCCGCAACGUCUCCUCUCUUUCCUGUUCAUGAUUGCGAUGAAAACCGAUUCUUGAUGUUUCAAAAGCAUUUGGAUACAAAAGUAGUGGUGUAAGUCGCUCAAUCUUUGAUGAAUUUCAGAGAAAACAGCUUCUUCCUGGACAGAUCUGCAAGAGAAGGUGAAGUUUUCUGUCUCCUUCGCAGUUCUUCAGAAAUCGCUCUGUUUCUAUGCGAAUCAGUGAAAGACGGAAAUUCAGCGGCUUUCUGAAGCAGGGGAUCGAUCUUGAUUUUACAGAGUUGCUUGAUUCCUUGUGUGGAAUUUUAAAGAGAAAUGGAAGCUUCCUUUGUUCUCUUGCUGAUUUUCUUGCACGGAUUGCUCUUUUCACCAUCGAUUGGUGAUCCAAUCGAAGAUAAGCUAGCUCUGAUUGAUUUCGUCGGCAAACUUCCUUACAAACACAAUCUCAACUGGAGUUUGAGCUCCUCUGUCUGCGAUAACUGGAUUGGAGUAACCUGCAGCCCCGAUGGCUCUCGUAUCAUAGCCCUCCAAUUGCCUGGAGUUGCAAUCAGCAGCCAGAUUCCUCCGAACACUCUUGGCCGUCUGUCUGCUCUCCAAGUCCUAAACCUCACAUCCGAUUGCCUCACCGGUGCUUUCCCAUUGGAACUCACCAAACUCAAAAAUCUAACUCUGCUAGAUCUUCACUUCAACAACUUCUCUGGCCUGCUGCCGUUAGAUUUCUCCAUCUGGGAGAACCUCACCGUCAUUGAUCUCUCCUUCAAUGCCUUCAAUGGCAGCAUCCCUCCUUCCAUCUCGAACCUUACGCAGCUGACAGCUUUAAACCUUGCAAACAACUCGCUUUCAGGUGACAUCCCUGAUCUCCAAGUCCCAAAUCUGCGGCAGUUGGAUCUAGCCAAUAAUAAUCUCCACGGAAGUGUGCCAAAAUCUCUCGAGAGGUUCCCGAAUACAUCUUUCAUUGGAAAUAAUCUUUCUUUCGUGGUUCAGCCAGUUCUAGUUUCACCAGUCUAUCCUCCUGUUUCUACAUCGAUUCCACAUUUGGUUAAACAUAAAAAGCUCACGGAAUCAGCAAUAUUGGGAAUCAUAGUCAGCAGCUGUGGUGCCACUUUUGCUGCAUUUGCAGUUUUUCUGAUCAUUUGGUACUCAAAGAGGAAAAGUGAGACCGUGCUGUCUGGCAAGUUGCAGAAGGGCGAAAGAUCCCCAGAGAUAGCAAUGGCAGGAAGAGAAGACGAGAGCAAUAGGCUUGUUUUCUUUGAGGGGAGUGGAUAUGCAUUUGAUUUGGAGGAUUUGUUGAGAGCUUCCGCCGAGGUGCUUGGGAAGGGGACAUUUGGGACAGCAUAUAAGGCAGUUUUGGAGGAUGCGACGACAGUGGUGGUGAAGAGGUUGAAAGAGGUAAGCGUGGGGAAGAGAGAGUUUGAGCAGCAGAUGGAGGUGGUGGGGAGAAUUAGGCAUGAGAAUGUGGUUCCGCUGAGGGCGUAUUACUAUUCAAAGGAGGAGAAGCUCAUGGUCUACGAUUAUUAUAGCCAGGGCAGUGUCUCUGCUAUGUUACAUGGCAAGAGUGGCGAAGAAAGGACUCCUCUAGACUGGGACACCAGGCUACGAAUCGCUCUUGGAGCAGCGAGGGCCGUUGCAUGCAUCCACACUGAGAACUCCGGAAAGCUGGUCCAUGGAAAUAUUAAAUCCUCCAACAUCUUCCUCAACACCCAGCUCAGCGGCUGCAUAUCCGAUCUUGGCCUGACGACGCUAAUGGAUGCAAAGACAGCCCAUCCACUGUCCCGUGCCCCUGGGUACCGGGCUCCCGAGGUGGUAGACACCCGGAAAGCAUCUCAGGCGUCUGAUGUCUACAGCGUAGGGGUGCUUCUGCUGGAGCUCCUCACUGGGAAGUCUCCCAUCCAGGCGUCCGGAGGCGAGGAGGUGUUGCAUUUGGUACGUUGGGUGCAAUCUGUCGUCCGUGAGGAGUGGACUGCCGAAGUGUUCGACGUGGAGUUGAUGAGGUUUCCGAACAUAGAGGAAGAGCUGGUGGAAAUGCUGCAGAUAGCGAUGGCGUGUGUGGUGAGGAUGCCGGAGCAGAGGCCAACAAUGGAGGAUGUUUUGAAGAUGAUCGAGGACGUCCGGCGGAGUGACACCGGGAACAGGCCUUCAUUGGAAGGUGUACCGGGCGGAUCGAACAGCCAAACGCUGCCUGCUCAGACGGGCCAAUCUUCCCUCCAAAAUUGAACCAUUGUCCUAUUCAGUUUGAAUCUGUUUCUUUUUUUCCUUCUUUUCGCCAUGACUAGGAUCCUACUUACGGGCACACAUGUACGCAAGAUCUGGUCCGUUCAUCAGGCCCCACCGAGUAUGUGCGGGCUGGUCUGCGUAUCAGGUGGGCCACACUCGUGCAUUGAAUGUGGUAUGUUGGUCAGUUUAUUAGCAUUGAACGUGACACCAGUCAUGCCAGGCAUGAUGAGCAGACCUGGCCUGAUUUUUUUGCCAGGGCGUAUGCAUGGCGGAGGCCAGCCUUAAAAAAGAGACUAGAUCUGACGCAGUUUUCCCAUGA